ACAAGAAAUAAUGUAGAGGUUAUAUUGAAGUUGAACGCAAUAGGCAGUUACAGCUGCCCAUGCCAUCGGAACGGCGAAACCAUCCCACCAUGUGGUCCGUGCGCGAGAAGGGAAACCUCCGACCCGCCGAUGUUGAUGAUUAUCGUGACUGCCAGGUUGGAACAUUUUAUAGACAAUCAUUGUUCGCUCAUCAAGGUCCCUCGGGUUACAAGCCUGCGGGCAAUUCUCCGGAGAUGAAGAAUGCGUGGUUGAUAGCCCUUCGCGUGCCGUGCGGUGGGCUGAGCCGGGGCGCAGGCGCCGCUGCCGCUGGUGUUGCGCGGCGAACGGCAUUUGAUGCUCACAUAGGCAACGGCGUGCGCAGGACGACGGCUGGGUCAACCUCACCCUCAUUAUUUCGUCUUCUACGACCUUAUUCCAUCUCAACUAGACGUGUACCAUUUUCAGCACCCUCGUCGGCAUCUAGAAUCAGCGCCAGCUUCAACGCAUCAUACCCAUGGACACAGAAAUUCACACCCGUCUCGAAAUAUGUUGCCUGUUUUACGAGUACAACUCCCGCGGCAUAUGCACGCAAGUCUCGAGCGCCGAAGCCACAGAAAAACCAGGCAUCGCAGACACCGCAACAGCCUCUCUAUGAGCACGACGGCGAAGGUAUACGCUUCCGAGAAAAGGACCUCACGCAAAAAGAAGUGGAAGCCAUUGUCGGCCCACAUGUCGACGCAGACAUGGCAAAUCGGUUGCUUCGCACGCUGCACGAGUGCCGACUGACUGGAACUCUGGACGAGCUUGACUCUAUGCCAGUCGCGACGGCGUAUAAUCGAAACGUUAUCCAGAACGCGCUUGCUUGGCUACGGAGAAACUACCCUGUCGACGAAGAAGCGGCAGUGAGGGCCCGCGCGGAGCAAGAAGCUCAGGCGUACGAGGAAAAGCUCAGAGCUGAUGCGGAGCGACUGGGUCUGUAUAGACCCGAGGAGGGAAGCAAAAAGUCAAAGAGUCCGAGCGUCUACGGCUCGAGCGGCAUUGAUGCCCUUCAUGAACAUUACGAGAAGCAGCCGGCCAAGGAGUACAAUUGGAAGUCUCAGGCGCAAGAAGUUUCAGAGAAUACUGGCACACUCGAAAAAUUUGGCCGUAAUGCAAAGUUGGCGAAGAGGGAACCUUCUGAGCGGAUGAAAUAUUACAUGGAGAGGGCAAUGAUUUCCAAAGACGAAGCUGCCCCGGAAAUGAGCAAGUUUCAACGUCUCUGGCCAUCUGCUCUCCUUACGGUUGCUGUCGUUAGUCUAGCGUAUCUCUUUUCCCUGUACUAUUCCCCGCCUGCGCGGUCUGCACGACUCUGGCCGGACAUGCCCCCGGCCGCUGCAACCAUUUUUGGAAUCAUCCUCGCCAACACGACCAUUUUUGCGCUUUGGCGUGUUCCUCCCGCGUGGAGGUUCUUGAACAGAUACUUUCUCAGCGUACCAGGCUGGCCAGUUGCUGCCAGCACGCUGGGAAAUGUCUUUAGUCAUCAGCAGCUCAACCAUCUUUUGACCAAUAUGGUUGUACUCUGGUUUAUUGGAACAAGACUCCAUGACGACGUCGGCCGUGGCAAUUUUCUCGCAAUAUACCUCUCUUCUGGCGUCUUAGCCUCCUUCUUCUCUCUAUCCAGCUUCGUCCUACGUAACCGCUUCGUCACGUCGUCUCUGGGCGCGAGUGGUGCUAUUGCAGGCGUGUUAGCCGCCUGGUGUGCUAUCAACUCUGACAAACAAUUCUCCAUCAUCUUCAUCCCGCCAGACUGGAUCCCCCCGCUCUCCAGCACACUUAUCCUCUCGUGUUUCAUCGCAGUCGAGUUGCUCGGCAUUGCUCGCGGCUGGAGUAAAAUAGACCAUUUUGCCCAUUUGGGCGGAUACAUUGCUGGUCUUAGCAGCGCGCAGAUAGUCAAAGACCGACGAAGACGAGAGCUCGAGGCGCGUCGAAAAGCGCACGAGCAAAAAGGGUGGAUUGGCAAGGUCUUUAGUAAGGAGGAGUAGGUUUGUUUACCCGAUGUUCAUCUACUUUGCGUUUUCCCCCCAUCACCUUUGUAUAUCAAGCCGUCUCUUUCAAUGGCUCUUCUAUGGUAUCUACGAUGGGCCCCUUUUCUUUUUCCUUUUUAUUCAAAUGUGUCACAAAUCAGUCACUUGAAAACGUUAUUGCUCAUGAGACUCGAUGCCCCAAUGUCUGGUACUUCCGAGAGAACUACAGUAGACUGGCGCGAUUACAUUCUAUUUUCGUUUUUACCAUGCACACAGCUUCUACCUAUGUAGUACCCGAAACUAUUCUUCUUUAGCUUGAUGUGCAUGACGUGUAUAUAUAGAUUUAUCAUAUACAGUGUGGGAAAUCCAAAAGUCCCAUCACUUUCAUAAGUGGAGUAGAUUUAUUUCUAUACCGGCACGGACAGGCC